CUUUCUUCUUCUUCCUCAAUUUCCUCAAUUUCCUCAACCUUCUUUUCUUCUCUCUCGCAUUUUCUCAAACACUUUCUUUCUACUCCAUUUCCGAUGCUUCUUCUUCUUCUUCUCCUUCCCCUUUGAUUCUUCUUCCUUCAUUCCAAUGGUUGACAAUGGCGAAGAAAAGUUGCUGGCUAUGGCUCGCCACAUAGCCAAGACCAUGGGUCGCAACGAGUCCAUGGCCGAUGAUAUUCUCCAGAUAUUCUCCAAUUUUGAUGCUAGGUUUUCCCUCGAGAAGCUUUCUGAUAAACCCGAUGAGCUUGAUCCCAGAGCCCCCACCGCGUUACAGCGCUCUCUCAAGUCUUUAGACCGCCGGAUCUCCCAAUACUUGGCUGCCGACCAUCCCAUUUGGGCUGAUUCCGCUGAUUCCUCUGCUUUUCUCGACUCUAUUGAUGAGUUGAUGGGUAUCAUUAGGGACUGGGCUCCUAUGGCUAGGGAUAAGUCUGUUGCUUCCUAUCUUGCUCGUGCUGACGAUCUGAUGCAGCAGGCUAUGUUCCGUGUCGACCAAGAGUUCCGGUCGUUGAUGGACCGUGGAGGUGAGUCUUUUGAAUUGACGCGCCAUUUCAGGAACGGUGAGUCAACGGGGGAUUUCUGCUUUGAUUCUGAGGAAGAUGAGGAAGUUGCGGAAGGAAUUCUGGGCGAUGGCGAUGGUAUUCAGAUCCCUGUGGCCCAGCCGGUGACGGAUUACAACAUCCUUAUUGAUGCGCUUCCGUCCGGGACUAUCAACGAUCUCCAUGAAAUAGCGAAGCGUAUGGUAGCGGCUGGGUUUGAGAAAGAGUGUUCACAUGCUUAUAGUAGCUGCAGGAGGGAGUUCUUGGAGGAGAGUCUUUCUAGGUUGGGGUUACAGAAGCUGAGCAUCGAUGAAGUUCAAAAGAUGCAAUGGCAAGACCUCGAAGAGGAAAUUGAGCGGUGGAUGAAAGCGAUUACCCUCUCUCUUCGAAUUCUCUUCCCAAGCGAACGACGCCUAUGUGAACGUGUCUUCGUCGGCCUCUCCACCACCGCGGAUCUUUCUUUCAUGGAAGUCUGCCGUGGAUCCACUAUUCAGCUAUUGAAUUUUGCAGAUGCGGUGGCAAUUGGCUCCCGCGCGCCGGAACGAUUGUUCAAAAUCCUCGAUAUGUUCGAGACCUUGAGAGACUUGAUGCCGGAGUUCGACUCGGUAUUUUCAGAUCAGUACUGCUUGUUGCUUAGAAAUGAAGCAAUUACAAUCUGGAAAAGGUUAGGCGGGACAAUCAAAGGGAUUUUCAUGGAGCUCGAGAAUUUGAUCCGCCGUGAUCCGGCUAAAACUCCAGUCCCUGGGGGUGGUCUUCAUCCAAUUACUCGAUAUGUGAUGAAUUACCUUAAAGCAGCUUGCAAAUCCCGGCAGACUUUGGAGCAAGUUUUUGACGAACCUGCCCUUCCUUCUAAGGAUUACACCAAGUUCGACGACAGAGCAGCAGCAUCGUCUUCCUUAUCUGUUCAAAUGGACUGGAUUAUGGAGCUUUUAGAGAGCAAUUUAGAAGCAAAGUCGAAAAUAUACAAGGAUCUUUCCUUAAGCUCUGUGUUUCUGAUGAACAAUGGGAGAUACAUUGUUCAGAAAGUGAAAGACAGUGAACUAGGAUCCGUUUUAGGAGACGAUUGGAUUCGAAAACACUCGGUUAAGAACCGACAAUACCUCGGAAACUACCUGAAAAGCUCAUGGAGCAAGGUGGUGGGAGCAUUGAAAAUGGACAGUGGCACUUUAGCUCCUUCGGCGAUGAAGGAGAAGCUUCAAUCAUUCAAUAUGCAGUUCGAAGAAAUCUGCCAAACCCAAUCCACAUGGGUGAUAUUUGAGAAUCAGCUGAGAGAGGAAACAAGAAUCUCAGUUGCCAAAAUCCUUUUGCCAGCAUAUCAAAAGUUCAUAGGAAGGUACCAGAGUUUGCCGGAGUUGGCCAAGCGUACAGAUCGGUAUUUGAAGUACACUGCAGAGGAAAUGGAGAGUCGAAUCACGGAGCUGUUCGAAGGCGGCAGCUCAGGCAGUGGAAGGAGGUAAAGGGCAAGUCACCCAUGUUAAAUAUUGCUUGUAUAUCUAUACAAAAAUGCCAUGUUUCAUAAAGCUUUUUGGCUUAGAAGUGGACAAAGAAAUUUUUGGUUUAGUUGUUGUAAUUGGCUUUGAUCUGGGUACAACUGCAAUUGCAACUGUUAUGUGUAGGGGGCCAUUCAGAAAAUGAUUAAGUCUUAAAGCUUUGCCCUUUUGAAGUUUUGAAGUUUUGAAGCUUUUUCUUGAAUGAUUGAUAAUGGUGGAUUGGAUUAGAAGGACGACCUUACUUGAACAGGAUCAAAUGUACUGUGUUAUGGAAUUCCAAGACAAUGUAUGUUUAGAUUGAAGCAUGGCAGAAUUUUAACUUGA